GCCUUCUCACUCAAGCGCCUUGAUUUGCGUGACUGCCUUGACUGCCUUCUUGACUAAUCCAGUCGAGACUCGAGCAGUAUGGCUCCUUCUCACAGUCGUUACCUCCUCUUCCUCCUCCCCCUCCUCCUCCUGGGCUCCCUUACUAUCGCCACGCCCUCUCCUCGGAGUCUGGAUUCGGACCUCACCAUCCUCAUGAACAAUGAUCUUCAAGGCAUCAGUCCGUACAUAGACUCAGCAGUGAUCCUGCUCAGCAGGCCUUCUUCGUAUCAGGACGCCGUCGAAGGCUGUAAAGCACUGGGGGAGACAUUGUGGUCUCCAGAAACUGUUGGGGCGAGUAUUCAGUCGAGCCUGGAUUAUCUCGUCUGGGAGGGCAAGGCGGAUGAGAAUACGCAGUUUUGGGUGGCCUCUUCGACUUCUUCUUCGAGCAGUAGCAGCAGCACCAGCACCAGCACGCGCGCCAUCAGUGCCUCGGGCAAGGUUUCUGUGGUUCAGUCUGGUCACAGCCUUGCUGCCCUCUGCACGCAGUCUGCACCUCUGGCCACUGCGGAGGAGACUUCGGCUUCUUCCGAGUGGCACGUCUCGGUGCACUCGAACAAUGACCAUCUCAUCGGCUUUCGGGAUCGAACAUCCUUCCGCUUCUACGGCAUCCGCUAUGCAGACCAGCCAGAGCGAUUCAAUUACUCGCAGCCUUACUUUGGCUCCAACAGCACCGUCUCGGCCACAGCAUUUGGCAAUGUAUGUGCCCAGAUUACAGAAACCGGGUCAGAAGACUGCCUGUUCCUGAACAUCUGGACGCCUUACCUUCCAGGCCCGAGCAGCCAGUACGUCAAAGCCAACCUCAAGCCCGUCAUGUUCUGGAUUCACGGCGGUGCCUUUGUGAGCGGGGCUGGCAGCGACAGCACCUUCGACGGGGGCAGCCUGGCCUCUCGAGGAGACGUUGUGGUCGUGACCAUCAACUACAGGCUGUCGACCCUGGGCUUCCUGGCUCUAGAUGACGGAAGCACCAACGGUAACUACGGCAUAGCCGACCAGAUCACCGCCCUGGACUGGGUCAUGGCCCACAUCGCUGAUUUCGGAGGCGACGCCGACCGCAUCACCAUCUUUGGCCAGUCGGCGGGUGCUGGCUCCGUCCGCGCCCUGAUGGCCUCCCCAGAAGCCCAAGGCAAGUUCGCAGGCGCGAUUCCGCAGAGCAACCUGGGCGGGCUUUACUACGGCACGACGUACUCCGAGUACUACACCAUCCAGCAGGAGAUGGACGCCGCCGGCAGCGAGAUCCUGGCCGAGACAGGCUGCGCCGACGUUGACUGCCUGCGCCAGCUGGAUGCCUUCACCCUGCUCAACCUGGCCACGACGGCCGAAUAUGUCGUUCAGGACGGAGUGUACAUCACAUCGGAUCACCUUCCGCUCACCGGGCCCGCAGCGCCUUACAAACUACUCAUGGGUACAAUGUACGACGACGGCGCGGCUUUUAUCACCUUUCCCGACACCACCAACGAGGCCGUGUAUCUAGAAGACAUAGACUUCGCCCCGCCGCGGGCCGACCUCUUCCCCAUCCCGACCGACAGCACAAGCGCGAACCAGACCCUCGACCUGUUCAACAUGACAGCCCGCUACGCCACAGACGCCGAGUUCCGCUGCGUCGACGAGGCCACCGUCUAUGCGGGCCUGGCCAACGGGCUGUGGGACCAGGUCUACUAUUACGAGAUGCAGCGCUCGUACCAGCUCUACGACUGGCCCAACUACGACGUGUGUCAACCCCCGAUCACUGCGGCCUUUCCCUACGGCGACCCCAGUGGGCCUUAUUUUAAAUGCCACUCGGGCGAUCUGUACGAGGUCUUUGGGAAUAUCGCGUUUCAGGGCCUGCCCUUUCGGGACGAGUGGGAUCUGCCGUUUGAGCAGAUGGUGGUGGAUACCUGGGCUUCGUUUGCGAGGACGCUGGACCCGAACCCGGACACAGGGUUCUUGCGGGCGAGGGGGUAUAGUAACACGAGUGAGGUGUUACAGGCCAGAGGAUUAUGGAUGCCGGCAGAGAAGGGGAACUUGACAAUGAGGGCGUUGGAGUGGCCGCCUUAUCAGGAUAAAUUUAGGGAGGAGUCGCAGUGUAGUGGCAUUGGGCUCCCUUUUACAUAUUAUCAGUGAGAUGGUGGGUUUUUCAUUAAUCAAGGACAGCUAGAUGCAGAUCCAUGGUCGUCUGAUUG